AACGUGCAAAAUGUGAGACGAAACAUAGGGCACGUUACAGUUCAGGCUGCGACAUGAAGCUGAUCAACGCUGUCAUCUGCGCGCUGGUGAUACUGCUUCACCAGCAGGCACAAGCAGACGAAGAUCCCUCCUAUGAAAUACAGGUUACUAACGUAACACCGUUUGCUGACACCAAAGAAUAUGUGGACCUUGUAGAGGGAACAACAGGGGAAGAUGGCUCAAAAACAACCUUCAGCCUCAAAGCCACUGUAAUAAAGGAUGUACCUGAGGAUGCGAUUUGUCAGACCACUUUCUACAAGAAACAAGAUGGCGAAUUCAAGAAGAAUCCGUUUGGUAUAGUGCCGACCCCGUGUUGCGACCUUCUGUUUCAGAAUGAAAUAUUUAAACACAUUAUGGAGACACAGAACGUUCCCAAAGCCUGCCCCUUUAAAAAGGGGACAUAUUCCGUGGACAAUUAUGCCUUUGAUACAAAUAGAUACAAAAAUGCACCUCGCGGAGAAUACAGGGCCAACUUCACCGCAUACCUCCCAUCUGAAAGUAAACCUAUCAUCUACGGUGUAGAUCUCACCUUCAAGAUUGUCGACAAGUCGUAAGCUUCUUUGAUAUUUGCUUACUGGAUCAGACAUAUAAUGUGCUACCACAUAUGGUAAUCAUUAUGUAUUAAAUACAUAAUAAUAGUAAUUUCAUUACUUGAGAAUA